CGUCGCUUCAUUCGUUGUGUGACGAAGGGGAUUAACGCGAUAUAGCUCUGCUUUCAAUGAGCCACGAUAGACUAGGAACUCGCACGGAUUCAGGCUUUUAAUUUAUUCAUUAUAUGAAGUUCGAUUUUUUACUAGUAGCUUCACAAACUGUGUUUUAUAUUUCGACACGUAAUUCUAGUGAGGAAAACAAGUUGCGAAUAGAUCGUGAAGUUUUGUCUCCAAGUGUUUUGAAUAAGGAAAUCGUCUUAGGCUAACGUAAUGUAGCAAGCUAAUCUCAUUUAUCCAUUCGUAAACUCAGCUAUCAUUUCACAGAGUGUUAUAACCCCUACAUAAAGGCAUGACCGAGUACAAACUUGUGGUGGUCGGGGCAGGAGGUGUGGGGAAGAGCGCUCUCACCAUCCAGCUCAUCCAGAACCACUUCGUAGAUGAAUAUGAUCCAACCAUCGAGGACUCGUACAGAAAACAGGUGGUGAUUGAUGGGGAGACUUGUCUGUUGGACAUCCUGGACACUGCAGGUCAGGAGGAGUACAGCGCCAUGAGGGACCAGUAUAUGAGGACAGGAGAGGGCUUCCUCUGUGUGUUUGCGAUCAACAACAUCAAGUCCUUUGAGGACGUUCACCUCUACAGAGAGCAGAUCAACAGGGUGAAGGACAGUGACAGUGUUCCCAUGGUGCUGGUGGGGAAUAAGAGCGACCUGGGUACCCGCGCGGUGGAGUCGCGGCAGGCGCAGGAGCUGGCACGAAGCUACGGAGUACCAUUUGUCGAGACUUCUGCCAAAACCAGACAGGGUGUGGAGGAAGCUUUCUAUUCACUGGUACGGGAGAUUAGAAGAUAUAAGGAGACCAACCGUAGCAACAAGAAAAGCAAGAAAAACACUCAGAGACGUUGCGCAAUACUAUAGCAAGCCACACACCAGCACUUGUUUCACGCUCACACACACACACACUGCACCUCCUCUGUCAUGUUGGAGAUGUCCAGCACAACUCCAAACAGGGAAGCAAACAUGGCAAAAAAAAUUUUUUCAUGCUGUCACAGUUUUCACUUACAGUAUUUGCCAUGUAUUCAUCCAAUGUGCAGUGUCCGUUUAACGCUGUGAAUUCAGUUUUUGUUCGGUGACCAAACAACUAGAAACUGCAGUUUUAAAAUGAUUUUUUUUUUUUUUUUUUUUAAAGUCAGCAUUUCUGCAAACUUAAAAUUUGACUGUAAAGAUAAUUACCUUUUACUAACUCUAUUCUAAUUUUGUCUAGCCAGUGUUUUUAAAAGACUGUUCAGCUCUUGUUGACUUUUUGGGGGCCAGGUGUUCACAGUGGUGCGUCACUGCACUUUGCACGGUCACAUCAGGUGAGGCGUUCAGUCAAAAUCCAAAAUUGUUCCAGGACUCAACACGCCAAGGGAGGGGAACGUUUUCCUUGGUAAACAUCUAACUUCACAAAGUCCCACAAAUAACAUAAAAACAGUGUCAUAUUGACUCGGGCACUGUUUACUUGUGAAAAAGCUUUGCUUCCAGAUGAUUGGUUAAAACUUUUUGAAAGUUUGGGAAAAAAUGUCGUCCUCCCUGCAUGUUUUUUUUUUUUUUUUUUAGUUUAGUGUGUCCUCUGGGGCUUGAAACACAACAGCAAUAUCCAUUUUUUUUUUCUCUUCUCACAAAGUGCAUAUGUCAAUGAAAAGGCUGUAGCAGGAUAGGAUUACCACAGUAACAAAGCCACAAAAUUGUGUUCCAGACUCCUAGGUGCACUUUAUUCAUUUCCUGUUAUUUGUUUUAUUGUAGAAUUUAGGAUUAGUUUGUGCAAUUUAAAAAGUUUACUCAGGAAUAUAGUGUUGUAUCAGGAACUGAGGAAUAGCAGACUGAGAGCUGUGUCAAAUGAUGGGUUGAGAUCUGAUGUCCAUCAUUAACUUACUGUUUGAAGCGUCAGCCCUGCUGUUUGUUCCACACAGUCACACUUUAUUCCAAAGUCCACUUUCAAUGCCGUUUUUAUGUCAGUCAGUGUUGUUGGUGUUUAUGUGGUACUACAUACAUUUAAACCACACUGAUGCUGAAACCAGUGUUUAACGCCAACCGACAGGGCUCAGACACAGUGACAGUCAUGUUAUCCGAUCAUGCUGGAUGAUAAGGAUAUUCACUAGGGCAUCUUUUUUUAUAGCAAUGUUUGUCCUCUUUGAUAAUUACUGUAACCCUAAAUUUCUAUUUUUGUAGCAUUACAAACCACAUUCCCCAAUUUAAAAACUUCUGCAAUAAGAAACUGCUGUCUACAUAUUUACUAAAAUUAUAUUUAAGUUUAAUGAGCUAACUUCAGUUUCAUCCUGCUUAGAAGUGAAUCCAUCUAUUAAGGGGUUCCUACUUUGCUAUGGUGUCAAACCAGCAGCUUCCAAAUGCCUCUUAUUAUCUGAAUUUAAUGUAGUUCCAUUGUUAUAUGGAGUAACUCUAAAAUGUUCAAGUUUCUCACAGACAGCUAUGUAAACUCUUUAAUGCAAUCUGCUAUAAUGAACAAGUAAAUUUCUUCAGCUUUAA